GAAACCUGAAGAGAGUGAGUCAGGUUAUAACUCUACUCUUCUUCUCAAAGAAACCCUAGCCGCAGGAGAAAACCUCGAGAGGAGUCACUGAUCGGCGGAAAUGACGACGAGAUUCAAGAAGAACAGGAAGAAGCGCGGCCACGUCAGCGCCGGACACGGUCGUAUCGGAAAGCACCGCAAGCAUCCCGGAGGUCGUGGUAACGCCGGAGGUAUGCACCACCACAGGAUCCUCUUCGACAAGUACCAUCCCGGUUACUUCGGUAAAGUCGGUAUGCGGUACUUCCACAAGCUCCGCAACAAGUUCUACUGCCCGAUCGUAAACCUCGACAGGCUGUGGUCGCUCGUCCCUGAGGACGUGAAGGCGAAGUCGACGAAGGACAAGGUGCCGUUGAUCGACGUGACUCAGCACGGUUUCUUCAAGGUGUUGGGGAAAGGUCAUUUGCCUGAGAACAAGCCUUUUGUUGUGAAGGCCAAGUUGAUCUCGAAGACUGCUGAGAAGAAGAUUAAGGAAGCUGGUGGCGCUGUUGUGCUCACUGCUUAGGUUUUAUCGAAAUUUUAUCUUCUCUGUUUGGUUUUAUUGUUGGAUGUUUAGUAAUGAAUCUUUGUCGGAAAAUUUUAAGUGGUUUUAUGACAUUGUGAUAUGCAUGUUUUUGAACA